AAGAUUUCGAAAUACCCCGAACAUUCUGCCAGAAUUCUCGUGACUCCCCAGUCAGGUGAUCGAUCGAGCUUGUGUCAGGAGGAGAUAGCGGUCGACCUUCUAAUAUCCUCCUGUUUUACGCCUUAGAGGUCAGAUCCAGCCAUGGGCUACGUUAAAGGCUACCUUCAGUAUGGGCUGUACCUGUACCUUCUGGUCUUGCUGGCCAUUGGUAUUGGCUAUACCAUCACUGGCCAGGGAGAGAGGAUCGACUUUGGCUGGUUCCUCUCGAGUGUGUCUGCCUACUUCUGGGGGGCCAUCGGCAUUGGCCUUACCGUUUCUCUGAGUGUCGUUGGAGCUGCCAUGGGCAUCCACACUACUGGCGUGAGCAUCGUUGGUGGUGGUGUCCGUGCCCCUCGCAUCAAGACCAAGAAUCUGAUCUCGGUCAUCUUCUGUGAGGCUGUUGCCAUCUACGGGCUCAUCAUCGCCAUCAUCCUGGCUGGUAUUUUGGAGGAGUACUCUGAGACAAAGGCUGAAGCUAAUGAGGACAUCUUCGAACAAAACCUCGUCUCUGGUUACCUGAUGUUUGCUGCUGGUCUGACCGUAGGACUCACCAACUUGUUUUGCGGUCUUGCUGUUGGGAUUGUCGGUUCUGCUGCUGCACUUGCCGAUGCUGCUGAUGCCUCCCUCUUCGUGCGUAUCCUCAUCGUGGAAAUCUUUGGAAGUGCUAUUGGCCUCUUUGGACUUAUUGUGGGCAUUCUGCAGACUUCCAAGGCCAAGAUGGGAGACAAAGUGUAAACAAGCUGGCAAAACAAUAAAACAAAAGCAGAAUACAUUCCAAGUAUGCCAAGUUUUGUUUGCAGACCAGUGACUUAUCAUGAGGGAGUCAGACCAGAAUUAUUAGAGCACAAAGAGAGAGAGAAAAAAAAAAGCCUUUUGUUUUAUCUGAAGCCUCCCCUCAGUCGGACUUCUUUUGCUAGUUUUAAACUUCUUUUUAAACUACUAGGUACUAACAUUAAGAAGUAGUGAGGGUACAGGUUGUCAAUUAUCAAUUUCUUUUCCUUUCUACCUACUCUUUUCUCCAGCUGGUGUUCACUUUUAAGAAGAAACUUACGAGUUUCAUGAACAACUUAAAAGGACUCAUCAAAGGUCUUCUCCCAGCUUGCACUAGUGGACAGCUGGAUUUCUCUAUCGGUAGUUUUAUUCUCUUAUUCUUCCUUCUCUUCUUUUCUUUUCUUUUUCUUGUUUUCAGAGAGAAUUCCACAGUUCGUAAUUCAUUCUGGUUGCCAUCACCUCCCGUUGGUGCAGUGAUGGAAAUGAUGAUUAUUUCUCUCUCUAUCCUAAUAUACAUUUUCUAGCCACUUACUCUGCAGAGCAUGCAUGAAUUAUAUAUCACUUGUCUAUUGUUUCCCUAAAAGAUGUUUUCCAUGCUCUUCUCAGUGUAUUUAUUUACAUAGUUUGUAAAUAUGUUAUCAAGGGGUAAUACAGUCUUGUCAUUCUUGUAGAUUGUAUGGCAGUUUAGAUAAUAUUUCUGAGCUGUAAUGUUCUGUGUAUCAAAGGUGAAAUUGAAUAGAUAAUGUAUUGAUGUAAGAUUGUGUGUAUAUAUAUAUAUGAUUGUAUUUCCGUUAUGUUCUGAAUCCCUGAUGUUGUGGGUAAAAGAUAUUGUGAAUAAAGAAGGAUUAUUGGUU